AUGCCACGCAUCCGAACGAGUCGGACACGGCCGCCGCCUGAAGGCUUCGAGGACAUUGAACCCAUUCUGGAGGAUUAUGAGACAAAAAUGCGCGAUGCAGAGAAUGACCCGCAGGAAGGUAAGCGCAAGGCCGAGGGCGUGUGGGGUAUUAUGCGCAUUACGCAUAUUCGCUCGCGCUACAUUUACGAUUUAUAUUACAAACGCGAAGCGAUUAGCCGCGAAUUGUACGACUGGCUCCUAGAACAAGGAUAUGCAGAUGCUGCGCUCAUUGCGAAGUGGAAGCGCACAGGCUAUGAAAAGCUGUGCUGUGUGCGAUGUAUUCAGGCCAGAGAUAUGAAUUAUGAAGGGGCUACAUGUAUAUGCCGUGUGCCUCGGGCCCAAUUGCGUCCGGGCACCUUUGUGGAAUGUGCGCAUUGUGGAUGUCGAGGAUGCAGCUCGUCCGACUGA